CUUCACAGGUGAUGUUUGGCAUGGACACUUUUGAAAAUUUGUUUCUUCUUAUCUUUGAGGCUGGCUGUGGAGAAUUAGUAAAAGGUUGAAGCAUGCAUGGAUAAAAUGGAUCGUCUUAAAGGAUUGCAGCUCCAAAAAUACAUCAGCAGGACUGGGCAGGUCUGACAUAAUGAGCUUCCUAUUUUAGCUUGACUUCUGGAACUCCGAAGAACUAUAAAUUGAGCCACACAAGACCCGAGGAAGGAGGUGCCUCUUUUAGUCGCAUAUAGAAUUUUCUUCAGGCUCUGAAAAGAUAUGUCUAGUUGUUGGUUUCCUAAAGAAUUAGACUGUUGAUACCUACCAACUUUAAUACAGGAAAUGACAGAGAGGAAGCCCUGGUCCAUACUGUACUGAAAACCGAAUUUGGUUACAGAAACUUGUACCUGGAGGUCAGAGACGAGGUCCUCACGAGCAGCAGCUGCAAUGGCAGAGGCUCCUGCGGAUGCCGUGACUCAGCCAGUAACAGUGAAGAAAAAGAAGAGUCUCUCCAUUGAGGAAAAGAUUGACAUCAUCAACGCAGUGGAAAGUGGCAAGAAGAAGGCAGAGAUCGCAGCUGAGUAUGGAAUAAAGAAAAAUUCAUUGUCUUCCAUUAUGAAAAACAAAGACAAAGUUCUGGAAGCCUUUGAAUCUUUGCGAUUUGAUCCGAAAAGAAAAAGACUGAGGACGGCAUUUUAUACAGAUCUGGAAGAGGCAUUGAUGAGAUGGUAUCGGAUUGCCCAGUGUCUCAAUGUUCCAGUUAAUGGUCCAAUGUUGCGUCUAAAAGCCAAUGAUUUUGCCCAGAAGCUGGGACACAAUGAUUUUAAGUGCAGCAAUGGUUGGCUGGAUCGUUUUAAGUCCAGGUAUGGCUUAGUAUUCCGAGCACAACCUGUAGAAGCCACGGGUAUAUCUAUAGACCCUGCCACUGUCUGGUACCAAAACGUGCUUCCUUAUUACUUAAAUGAUUAUCAUCCUAAAAAUGUGUUCAAUGUCAAAGAGACUGGGCUGCUUUAUCGAAUGUUACCUACAAAUACAUUUGCAUUUAAAGGAGAAACCUGCUCAAUUGGAAAGCUGUGCAAAGACAGGAUAACGCUGGCAGUAGGUUCAAAUAUGGAUGGCACAGAGAAGCUUCCUUUGCUUAUUAUCGGGAAAAACCGAACUCCACGUUGUUUCAAAGGUAUCAAAUCACUGCCUGUGUAUUAUGAGGCUAACAAAAUGGCAUGGAUGACUGCAGCCAUAUUUGAACAGUGGAUGCAGAAGCUUGAUGAGAAAUUUCAAGCCCAGCAACGAAGAGUGGUGAUUUUUGUUGAUUCUUUUCCAGCACACCCAGAAGUGAAGAACCUAAAGUCCAUUGAGUUAGCAUUCUUCCCAUCGUGCUUGUCUUCCGGGUUUGUAGCCAUGAAACAAGGUGUUAUUAAGAGCCUUAAAAUCAAAUAUCGGCAUUGCCUUAUCAAGAAAUUCUUAAGUUCUGUUGAAAGUAGCAAAGAAUUUACAUUUUCUCUACUAGAUGCCGUUGAUACACUGCAUCUCUGCUGGAGAGCUGUAACCCCAGAGACCAUUGUUAAAAGCUAUGAAGAAGCAGGAUUCAGGUCUCCACAGGGGGAAAGUGACCCGCUGAGUGCAGAGAGUGACACUGCUCUUGACCUGUCUGCCCAUGCUCUGGGGGCAGGAGUGGAGUUUCCUGAAGGCUUGUCCCUAGAGGAAUACGCUGCCCUGGAUGAGGACCUGGAGACUUGCGAAGCCGCCCCAAAUGAUGAUGCCGAGUGGACCAAUGAAAGUAAACAAGAUGAAACUGGAUUUUUUCCUUCUGAUGAAGAGGAGGAGGAGGAGGAGGACGGCGGAGCUCCAGAAGUGGACCUGCCCUUACCGUCCAAGAAUGAAGCAAUGGAAGCUGUAGGCACUCUUAAAAGGUUUCUUAGAAGUCACGAUAUGAAUGAUGAACUUCACAAUUCUUUAGCAGACCUUGAAAACUUUAUUAACACUUUGUCACCUAAAUAGUCAUGUAUUGUACAUCUGCGGAGCAGGAACUUUUCCUGGUGUAUCUUAUUGCAUAAGGAACAUAAAAGGAAAGUGUCAGUUAGUUAAAUAAGAAAAGAGAAAGCCUAACAAUCCUUGACUUAAUUGCAGCAGCCUUUGAUUUGAAUAGCAAAGCUCCCUGGUAAAUAAUGACUAAGUGAAACUGCAGAAUUCUGCUUAGCAGGUUUGGGGAGAAUAAAACUGUUUUCAGAGGCUUUGUACUUGAAAGAGAGAGGGUGUGUUUGAAAGAACUCUUCAUCUGGCUAACUCACAUGCAUGAAGUUGCUGGUUUCUCUUUUCUUUGUUUUUAAGUUCAGAUCAUGUUCUAGAAUAUUUUAGUUUAUCUAUAUAGUUUAAGAAACAGAAAUAGCUUGCUUAUUUUUAUAAAGUUACACACAC